ACCUGUCGCUCCGCUUCGACUGAAACGUAUAGAAAACAUGAGCCGAGACAGCUACAGACAUUUGGAGUAACGUCUCGUCAAGUAGCGUGGGAGCCUCGUCGGUCCUGACACAAAGGAUUUUCUAGUUUUUGUGUCAAGCCUAGGGGGGAACUAGAGUUACGGUUUACCCCUUCCUUAGCCCCUUGUAGCUAGCUGUGGCUCAUUCCUUGUUUUUGCACACUUUGUGUUAGUCUGUUAUGCAGUUGCCAGUGGACUGUAGUCGCACUCGUUCUCCUCCGCCACCUCUUCGCUCCCUCUCCCCGCUUUCUCUGGCCCUAUGUCUCGCUGGCUUUUCCCCUGGUCGGGCUCAAUCAAGAAGCGGGCCUGUCGAUACCUCUUGCAGCACUACCUCGGUCACUUUUUGCAGGAACGACUGAGCCUGGACCAGCUGGGGUUGGACCUGUACAACGGCAGCGGUGUCAUCAAGGAAAUCAACCUCGAUGUCUGGGCGGUCAAUGAGCUUUUGGAGUCUCUGGGAGCUCCUCUGGAGAUAGUGGAUGGCUUUGUGAGCAGCAUAGCAGUGACCAUCCCCUGGCAAGCUCUCCUGACUGAUCACUGCACCUUAGAAGUUUCUGGUCUUCAGAUAACAUGUCGACCCAAGUACCGGACCAGUGGGGGUUGGGACUCCCAGGGUUGGUCAUCCAGCAUGACCUCCAGCAUGCAGCUGGCUCAGGAGUGCCUGAAGGACCCCCCGGAGGCGUCCGAGGAGCCACCUGCCCCGCUGGAGGGGCUUGAGAUGUUUGCACAAACCAUUGAGACGGUCCUUCGUCGUAUUAAAGUCACCUUUCUAGACACUAUUGUCCGCAUCGAGCACCAGCCCCUGGACCUGGAUACAGGCGUUGCCUUAGAGGUGCACAUCAAACGGCUGGAGUACUUUGAUGAGGCGGUGCGAGAUCCAGCUAGCCAGACUGCCGUGCCUGUCGACAUCCACCAGCCGCCUGCCUUCCUGCACAAGAUCCUCCAGCUGAGCGCUGUUCAGCUGUUUUAUGACAGCACUGGCACAGUACAGAGUCCUCCUGAGGAGGAACAACAAGAUUCAGCAGCAGCAAGUGAAGGAGAGGAGGAGCAGGAGGAGGAGGAGGAGGAAGAUGAAGAUGAGGAGGAAGAGGAACAGGCAAAGCCCCUGGCAGCCCCUCACUGUCCUCCAUCUCAGCCACUGCUCAUAGGAAGCUGCUCCGGUUUCAUUGAGACCAUAGUCAAGAUCAAACAGAACGACAUGCUGCCUGGACCAAAGUUGGAGUUGGAUGGGAAGGUAGGCUGUGUCCACAUGCUGCUGUCUCCAGAUCAAAUAACCCAUCUGACAGACCUGCUGGCAGCCCUCUGCAUAGACACUGAGCUAGAGACCAAGUGUGGUGGAAUACACAGCCGCCCGUUAGACUCGGACGACCUGCGUAUGAUUGAGGAGGACCUUAGUAAGCAGCUGGGCUCCAGUCCCAGAGACAGGGAGUGGGAUAUGGAGUCUGACCUGGAACCCUAUGUCACCGGUUUGGAGAAUGGAGAAAUGUUUUACUCUAUGGGUCCUGGUGGGAUGAGCAGUAGUGUGACGUCUGUGCGCUCCGGCAGCGAGAUGUCAGACAGUGAUAUGGAGUCCUCUACACACAGUGUAGCCAGCUUCACGCAGCCUGCAGCACUGACUGCACAGGGCAUGUUGAACUGUCCCAGGCGAUAUCCUGUAGCGGGCUGCCUGUCAAGUCUACCGCAGGCCAGCAGCCGGACCAGAGGACGCUCACACAGCGGCCAGGCAGAGCAGCUGAAGCCUGAUGCUUUGUUGCGUGUGACGCUUGGCGGGCUCACCCUAACCCUGCUGCAGGAGGACCUGCCCUCUACCCUCGAUGGAGCCUCGUCAUUGGCUCAGGUGUCUCAGGUGUUCUUCCGGGAGUUGGCCUUCUUCAAAGACAGCAUGUUCAGCGAGAGAGACUUCCACCAUCUGAGAGGUGGCUUUGCCAAGGCCUGCCCACACUCUCAUCUCAGACUGACAGGAGCAGCAGUGCAGGUUGCUUUUGAGAUGAAGAGCGGGAGACGCCACAGUCGAGCCGUGACCUCUGACCUCUCCUUCAGCAGAAUGGAGCUGUUAGAGUGCCUCUGGGAGGACGGAAAGCCUCAGUACAGCGAGUUGCUUCAGUUCCAGAAAUCUGGUUUGUUCACAAUUGGAGCAGCAGCCAGACCGUGUGCCCAACUACACUACAGCCUCUGUGAAAAACACCUGCGUAAGGGUAAACAGCGGGUCGUGCGGCGGGACAGUGUGGUGCGAGUGGAGCUGGCAGAGCUGAGUGCAGAGCUGGACCUGGACAUCCUCAGUCGCCUGGGGAGCCUGAGCAAAGCCUUCAGCCACUGCCCCACACAGACUGCUGGACCUGGACUCACACAGACCCAGAGCAGUGAGCUGUGCUCCUCCUUCACCCUCCUCUCCCCACACGCCAUCCUCAAGCUUCGCUUCCCCAUACCCGACCUGCGGCCCCUCCCUAAGCGCCGGCCUCCAACUCAGAGGGCGGUGCGGCAGGAGACCUUGGUGCUGGAGUUGAUGGAGCUGGAACUGAAGCACCAGGAGGCCCCAGACCUCCAGGGCGGCCAGACCGCCCCAGGACAGCCAUGGGCUCCCUGCCUCACCCAGCUGCUGGAGGCCUCCUUCAGCGACCUGCACGGGUCGUAUGAGGGCUGGGAGGGCGGCUCUUUCCCCUGUAUCAGAGUGAAGAAGAACUGUGAUUCUCUGCCCAGGAUAUCAGUGCAUGUGCGUGGAGGUGAGGCUCAGGGCCCAGCAGCAGGUCUGAGUGGGAUGAACCUGGGCCUCAUCGGCGACCUGGGAUCUGCCUUCUUUGAAAGUCACUGUGAACUCAACAACAAAACCAGCUCGCCGUUCUCCUCCAACCGCACCAUGUUUGAGACUGAGGAGAUGGUGAUACCAGCCGACCCGGAGGAGAUGCGUCAGUUUCAGGCGCAGUGCGUCGCUCAGUGUCAGUGUGCUGUGGACAUCAGCCUGCCACUGGCCUACAUCCUCCUGCCCAGCAAACAGGCCUUCCAGAGCGUCUACAACAGGAUCAACAAUGAUCUGUUGAUGUGGGAGCCGCCUCCCCCUCCUCCCCCCUCGGCCCACAGCCCCGAUCAAGGCCGCCAUCGUCACGAUGAGUUCCAGCUCUGCAAGUCAGCCUUUAGAUUGGACUCUGAUUCAGAAGAGGACGAUCCUCAGUUCUUUUUGGCCAGCGAAUCAUCUGGAAGGACACAACAGUCAGCUCUUCGCCCAAACCACAACCUCAGCCUCCUCUCCCUCACUGUGAUUAUUGGCAAAGGACGCCUCCAAGCCAGAACAGACAAGAAGGAGGACGAGAGUCAUGGGGAGAUUGUGCUCGACUUGGAAGGAGGGAAGAUAUUCAGCGUGGCGCAGCACCAGAACGACCCUAAUCUCAAUUUUUUGUGUCUGGAGAGCAGACGAGUGGAGCUCUACCACCGAGCGGUGGUGAAAGACACCCCCAUCCCACAACGGUUGGAGAUGCCCAGCUUCACUCCACCAAAACAUUUGGACCCCACCAUCUACCCCACAGAGGUGGGUGUGAGCAGCGUGAGCGGCAGGGAGGGGGAGCUACAGAUGUUAUCUACAGCCAUCAAAAUCACACUGGACCUCCAGAGGAAUGUCAAGGAGUUCCUAGUCGCCCUUCGACUUCAAGGUGCUACAAUGCGACAUUACAUGACGCAGUCCAAUCAGAGCUGGCACGAGCAGCUGGUUGACUUCCUGGAUGUUAUUGAUGAUCCCAUUCUGGGCUACACAGCACCUGCCGUCAUCACUGUCCUCCACACACACCUCGUUACCUGUGCCGUCGACUACAGACCUCUGUAUCUGCCACUACGAGUGUUGUUCACAGCGGAGUCCUUCUCUCUGUCCAGUAAUAUCAUCGUAGACACUGCCACCUUCCACCUUAGAUUCAUCCUGGAUGACUCUGCUCUCUACCUCUCUGACAAAUGUGAGACUGACAUCGUUGACUUGAGGAGAGAUUAUGUGUGUAUUCUGGACAUCGACCUGCUGGAGCUCGCCAUCACCACAUGGAAAGGCAAUGAUACAGGCAAACUUUCCCAGCCUCUCUUUGAGCUCCGUUGCUCCAACAAUGUGGUCCACCUGCACACCUGUGCUGAUUCCUGCGCUGCCCUUGUCAAUCUGCUGCAGUACCUGGUCUCCCAGGGUGACCUACACCCCCCGCCGCGACACGCCUCACCCACUGAAAUCGCUGGCCAGAAAUUACCAUUGUCAGAAAGUCCUGCCUCUCUGCUGCCGUGCCCUCCAGCUGAAACCGCUGAGAUCAACCAGUACGAUCUGGCUGAUGCCUUAAUUGACACAGAGAAGAGCCAUCGAGAAGAAAGUUUAGACCCAGGUUCACCCUCCAUGGCAAGAGGCUCGCCUGUCUCCGUCUACCUGUUCCCUGGUGAAGCCCCGAAACGCAGCCCCUCCGUCUUGCAGGGGGAGGACUCUGAGCUUGAUGGACUGGUUGCCACAGCAACAGAGGCUCAGGCAGAUAUGAUGUCAGAGGAAGGCUCGGAGGGCUCCACGGACAACGAUGACUUCUGCAUCCUGGAAGCUCCUGGCAUGGGUAUUCCUCCCAGGGACGGGGAGCCUGUGGUGACGGUGUUGUCCCAGGGUCCCAUCAAAGUGAAGGACAGUCACUUCUCGAGGCCUCGAGGCAGCUCAGACCUGCUCCGAGCCCCCAGCCGCUUCCCGGUGCCCCAGAGCAGGGUGGUGCUGCGGGAGAUCUCUGUGGUCUGGCAUCUGUACGGUGGCAAGGACUUUGGCGGCAAGCCAAUGUCCAUACAUGCCCAGCAGACAAACAGAGGCCGUUCAGUCCCCGCUGGUGUUCGUGGGUCCCCAUCUCGCUGCGUCGCUUCCUCUCGUCCUCAGAACUCCUGGCGGUGGGCAGGAGGCAGCGGGCGUCAGCACACACUGCUGAUGGAGAUCCAGCUCACUAAGGUGUCCUUCCAGCAUGAGUCCUAUCCAGUGGUAGUAGCGGGGCAGGAUGGGGAGGGGUCAAUGGCAGCUGUGGUCGGAGUUGGUCCCAGUGGCGAGCAGCCCCUCUCCAGGCAGGUGUUCAUCGUCCAGGAGUUGGAGGUUCGAGACCGACUGGCCUCCUCGCAAAUCAACAAAUUCCUCUACCUCUACACCAGCGAGAGCAUGCCCCGCCGAGCCCACUCCAACAUGCUGACAGUGAAGGCCCUGCAGGUGUGUCCGGAGUCUGGCCUAGGUGGUCCAGAGUGCUGUCUUCGUGUCAGCCUGUUGCCGUUACGCCUGAACAUUGACCAGGAUGCACUUUUCUUCCUGAAGGACUUCUUCAGUAAUCUAGCUUCCUCUGUUAACCCUUACCUGCCUGUGGACCCUGCAACUGAAGUGAAGGCAGACCCCUCCCAGAAGGCGUCUGAGGAGACAGAGGCAGCUGCUGGUCUGGGACCUGACCUCACAGCUUCUGUGGAAACUACCUACAGCGAGCAAAGCUCCUCCUCUGCCGGCUCCACCUCUUCCUCUGACCAGCCAAUCUACUUCCGGGAGUUUCGUUUCACCUCUGAAGUGCCUAUCUGGCUGGACUAUCAAGGCAAACAUGUCGUCAUUGAACAGGGAACGUUUGCAGGGAUUCUGAUCGGCCUGGCCCAGUUAAACUGUUCUGAGCUGAAGCUAAAGAGGCUGUGCUGCAGACACGGUCUCCUCGGUGUAGACAAAGUGAUCCAGUACGCUGUCACAGAGUGGCUGACCGACAUCAGGAAGAAUCAGCUGCCAGGCAUUCUGGGAGGUGUUGGCCCCAUGCACUCGGUUGUCCAGCUGUUCCAUGGAGUGAGGGAUCUGUUCUGGUUGCCCAUCGAGCAGUACAGGAAAGAUGGACGCAUUAUUCGAGGUCUCCAGAGAGGGGCAGCGUCCUUCGGCACUUCAACAGCUUCAGCUGCUCUGGAGCUCAGCAACAGGCUGGUGCAGGCCAUACAGGCCACAGCAGAAACAGUGUAUGACAUCCUUUCUCCAACGCCUCCCCUGAAUCGCUAUGCCAUCACUGAGGGCCGGGCCCCUUCCAGCCGGCCCCGCAGAGCCGCCCAGCCUGCAGACCUCCGAGAAGGUGUGGCCAAGGCCUACGACACUGUCAGAGAGGGAGUGAUUGACACAGCUCAGACUCUGUGCGAUGUAGCAUCCCGCGGCCACGAACAGAAGGGUCUGCCUGGUGCUGUGGGCGGUGUCCUGCGGCAGAUCCCACCCACCGUAGUUCGACCCUUGAUAGUGGCCUCUGAAGCCACCUCCAAUCUGCUUGGUGGUAUGAGGAACCAGAUCAAACCAGAUGCCCGAAAGGAGGAUUUCCUGAAGUGGCGCACGGAGGACGGCCAAGAAUGAUGACGGCUUUUUGUGUCUGUGUGAGAGAGAGAGAGAGAGAGAGAGAGAGAGAGAGAGAGUGUGUGUGUGUGUGUGUGUGUGUGUGUGUGUGUGAAAUUAUGAUUUGGGAAAGUCUCAGCUAGGGGAGCGAAUCCGGGGUUUGAAUGUGUAUUUGCAUGUGUGUAUGGACUAAUGUGUCAGCUUGCUCCAAUGCAAAAACGAAGCAACAACUAACUACUACUACUGCAGUUACUGACAUCCAGUGUUUUAUGCGGCUCCAUCAUACAUGGACAUACUAGAUUUAAUUCUUCUGUUCUGCAUUCAGCAGGAGCUCUCUUCAUAUUCCUCCUCUCAGUAAUAUGCUAGUCUGCAGAUUUUCUGUGCUGUCUGUGCUAACAUAUCACCAUCACUCUCAACCGGCUUCAUUUUCUUUUCAAAGGAAGGAUUAUCACUCUCAAGGUUUUCAUUGUUCGUAAGAAAGAUGCAGAAUGUGGGCAUUUCAUGUACUCUGACUUUUUCUGCUUUAACCUGUUUGUAUUCUAAUUUAAAAUAGGGAUUUUGAUGUAAGUUUACCUACUUCAUGUGGAAGCAAAAAAGUCUUAGGGUAUCACAACUCCAGCAGCACUUAGCAACAGUAUAAAGAACAACUGUAUUGUAAGACCAUCAUGUUUCAGCUUUUGGUCUUUGUCAGAUUAUUUCAUGAACCUUGGAAGUAGGUGAUGUCUUAUGUCAGAAAUCUCACGUAAAAUUUUAAUAUCAGUUCACGUUUUUGGCUGCAGCAUGUGAUGAAUCGACGAGUACUGUGACCUAAGCUUUGGUCUACUUGUUGUUCAGUGAUGCUCAUAGAGGAGACAAGGAGGAUACAUCAAUCAAGUGUCCUUUGCUAACACCCUCCAGAUGUUGGCAAAGGGCUUUCACCCUGAUUUCACAAAGCCACGCUGUGUGACUGGUUCAGGUUUAGCCCCACUACGCGCCCACUACUCUCAGUGCUGUUAUUUGUGCCAUAAACCUUGCAGAGUGCCCUUUUUGACUAGUUUGUUUGUUGCCUUCCUCAAUCCUGUACCCUCUCUAAUACAAAUAUAACAUACACUGGCUCAUAUUGAUACUAACUGAAUAAAACACCAGGUCACAUGAAGUCUCUAAAUUCUGUAGCACAUUGGAUUCUGUUAAAGCUUCACAAAGUCGAGUUGGAUUUGAAUUGUUAAUUGUUUUACAAAUUGAUGUCAUUCAAUGGCUCUUUUACCUAUAUCGCAGCUCUUUUGUGCUUCUGUUCCCAUGAGGAGUUUAGGACCAGAGCCUGCGAUCUGAAUUAACCUACUCUCUCCUCAGAAUUGCUUUGCCCUUUUCUUUAGUAGCCUUCUUGCAUUUUUUAAGUUUCUUUAUUUGUUUUUUGUUUGUUUGUUUUUUUAUUUUGUUGAAACAUAAAUAUUGUCUCAUUUUCAAAACAAGAGUUGAGAUGAUGGAAAUCUGGUGAUAAUGGAGGAAGAAUAAUUAGGGGUUUGUGAUUUUAAAAAAGUUUUACAUUUUUAUCUUUUUUGUUUAAUAAGUGUAAGGGAUAUGUGUCCCUCUGUGUUUGUAUGUGUGUGUGUGUAUGUGAAUGAGAGAGUGUGUGUUUGUGUGCGCGCAUGAUGCAUGUCUGUGAGGUUGUCAGGCUGUUGCUUGUUACACCUCUUGUGUGUAAUUACUAUUUACUAUAUCAUAAACUGUAUGAAUGACCUGUAUAUUACAAAGACAAGGAGUAUACAAAAUUAAUACAAAAAAUAAA